AUGUCAUACAACCAAUACCCCCCACCAAAUCAACCUCCCUAUCCUCCAUACGGGGCUCCUCAAGGCUUUUCACAACCGCCCUACCCCCAACAACCGGGUUACGGCGGUCCGCCCCCUCCCCAGGGCCACUAUAAUCGACCACCUCCGCCGGCCCCGUCGCCAGGCGGAUAUCCUCCGGCUCCCGGACCAGGAUAUCCCCAUUCGCCGCCGCCUCAGCCUCCAUAUGGCGCUCCUUCGCAACCUCCGUACCCUCCGCAAGGCGGUCCUGGAUACCCUCCGCCUGCGGGCGGGUAUCACCAACCUGGACCCUAUGACGCUCCGCCGGUAGGAGGCAGCAGCUAUCCCGCACCACCACCGCAACAGUUCCAAGGCCCACCCGCCAUGCCUUCUCUGGGUUACGUGCCUGGUCAAAUGGCACCGGGCGACUUCCGUCGUGAAGCGGACCUCCUCCGCAAAGCGAUGAAAGGGUUCGGUACUGACGAGAAGACGCUCAUUCAAGUGCUGUCCAAACUUGACCCCCUGCAAAUGGCCGCCGUCCGGUCCACCUACACCAACCAUCUCCACCGCGACCUCUCCAAGGAUGUCAAGUCCGAAACGAGCAGCUACUUCCGCCAGGCCCUGCUCGCCAUCAUCGACGGACCGCUCCUGCACGACGUACAGUCCGCCCGCGAAGCAGUCCAAGGCCUCGGCACAAAGGAAUGGCUUCUAAACGACGUCAUCCUGGGCCGCUCAAACGCCGACCUCAACGCCAUCAAGGCCGCCUACGAGCACACCUUCCACCGUUCCCUUCAGAAGGACGUCGAGGCCGACCUCUCCUUCAAAACCCGCUCCCUCUUCACCCUCGUCCUCCGCGCAGACCGCCACGAACCCUCCUACCCGAUCAACCCCCAGCUCAUCGAGCAGGAAGCCCGCGCCAUCCACGCCGCAACCAGCGGCCGCGUCGUCAACAAUGUCGACGAAGUCUGCGGCAUCUUCGCCCGCGCGUCGGACCCGGAGCUCCGCGCCAUCAGCCAGGCUUUCAGCGCUCGGUACAAUUCCUCGCUGGAGAGCCACAUCGAGAAGGAAUUCUCCGGUCACAUGAAAGACGCGCUGCUGCAUAUGCUCCGCACCGCGCUGGACCCGGCCAUGCGGGACGCGGACCUACUCGAGGACUGCAUGAGGGGUGUGGGAACCAAGGACGAGAAGCUUGUGGUGCGGGUUGUGCGCGUGCAUUGGAACAGACAGCAUCUGGACCAAGUCAAGCGCGCGUACCACCAUCGGUACAAGAAAGAUCUCAUCGCCAGAGUCCGCGGAGAGACUAGCGGGGAUUAUCAGAGGUUACUGGUUGCGUUGCUUGAGUGA